AUGUUAAGUAAUCUCAAUUGGCAGAUUGGAAAUAGGAGUAAAAUAGCCUUCUGGAAGGAUAAUUGGACUGGACUCAGUUCCAAUCUUAUAACUCUUUCAAUAGCUCCCCCAUCAGCUGAAGAAACAGAUCUGAAAAUCAAUCAUAGUAGUUUUGUUUCUGAGGAGGGCUGGAAUGUUCAGUAUAUAGAGCAUCAUUUCAACCUUAGUGUGGUGAAUAGAAUUAUGGCAGUACCUCAUCCUGAAGAUGUAGAAGGAGAGGAUUAUCUGAUGUGGAAUAACUGGAAACUAGCUCCCAGUAGCUGUAGGGACCGUAUCUGGAGCUGGAAAGUGAAAGAAAGGGUGAAGUUCCUCAUGUGGAAAUUGUUUCAUGAAAGAAUGCCAACUAAGGAGAACAUAGCCAAGUGGAGUGAUUCUUUGAAUAGCUGUCCUUCGUGCCCAGAUAAGGUGGAGACCUGUCUUCACGUUUUCAGAGACUGCCAAAAAGCAGUUAAGGCUCCUGCUCAAGGUUUUCUAAAGCUAAAUGUGGAUGGUGCUUCUCUUGACAGUAGAGCUGCUUGUGGUGGUCUCUUGAGAGAUUGUAAGGGUUCUUGGAUUAGUGGUUUUUCUGCUUUCGUAGGUUUCUGCUCCCCUUUGCAAGCAGAACUCUGGGCGAUUCUCAAAGGAUUAAUCUUUGCCUCGAACAAUGGUUGGAAGAACAUUAUGUUGGAAUCAGAUUCAUUACAAGCUAUCAGUCUUUUUACCAAUGUUGGUAAUGAUACUCGAAAGAUUCCUUUGGUAGCUAAGAUUCAAGUCUUUCUUAAUAAGGAUUUGACUGUUUUGUUGUAG